CUGCUCUCAUGUCCCGUCCAAUCUUCUCUGUGUUUGGUGCCACGGGUACUCAAGGUACACGUUCGACCCAUCUCAGGUUCCAGACUCACUCAGCCGAGUCAUACUAUAAUGCAGGCUCAAGCGUCAUCAAUGCCAUCCUCACCGAUGGGACCUUCCAGGCUCGCGCGAUCACCCGCAACCCGACCUCGAGCGCAGCGCAGGCCCUCGUCAAGCGCGGCGUAGAUGUCGUUCAGGGUGAUACGUGUGCCGACUUCCAGACGUUGCUCGAUGCCUUGCAGGGGAGCAAAGUUGUGUUUCUAGUCACGGUCCUUGUCGCUUUUGGUGCCACAGUCGACGAGAAGACGCAAGGAAUCAACGUUGUCGAGGCUGCAAAGAAGGCGGGUGUCGAGUUUCUCGUAUUCAGCUCUCUUCCGAGUGUCGUCGAGGUUUCACAAGGCAAAUACAAGGGAGUUGUGCACUACGAUCACAAGGCUCAAGUCGAACAGUACCUCAAAACCGCCGGACUUGCGCACGCAUCAGUGCUCGCUGGCUCAUUUCUGGAAAAUCUCUGGACCUUCGGUGCGCUGAAGAAAGCGGAACCAGGCUACGAGCUCUCCGUUCCUUAUCCGCCUGGUGCAAAGGAGAUAUUCACCUGGGGAGGCCGCGAUGUGGGCGUUGUCGCGCUUGCUUUGGCCAAAGCCUAUGCCAGUGGAAACAAUACUAUUGUUGGCAAGUCGUACCCGAUUGUCAAUGCCUGGACCACCUACACACAGUUUGUCAAGUUGAUCGAGCAGAAGCUCGGAGUCCCCGUGAAAUUUGUACAGACACCUCCUAGUGGGGUCCAGUCUAUCGACGAGAUGUAUGCUGCGCAUGAAGAAUAUGAGGGCUUGUUGGGUGGGACGUCGAUUCCGAGCCCAGAUCUGGUUGCGCUGGGCGUUCAGCUUGGAACGUUGGAGGAAUUUCUGGAGGAGGAAGUGAAGACCCGUUUUUCAGCCUGAAUUUAAGCGAUUUGACACGGAUUCGCGUAUCAUCAGUAUUAUCACUUUGUUCCAUGAUGGAUCUGAUGUCGAGUAUCUGCCAUGCAUCAAUCGCUAUAUUAUCAGAGAAUUCCACGAUAAACCGG